GAGAAGUGUAAAUAAAAUUUACCUUUCAGGCUCUUAUUUUACGGGUAUUUUGGCUAGACUGUCAUCCAUGUUAGGUAUGGAAUAUGCAGCAUGAGCCGUACAUCUUAAAAUCUAUUUGACAAACCUUUGAAGCAUACUACAAGGCUGUUUGGUUUUACAAGUGCAGAAACCAAGAUCUGGGAGGGUGACUGCCCAAAACGCAGCUGCUGCAUGGCUGCCCCGGGAUCCCCAAGGCCAAGCUCCAGGUGCAGGUACGAGGCAUGACGUCACCGGUGGUGCCAGGCGGCGGCUCCGAGAGCUGCGGACGUGGGCUGGGCCGGAAGCGGUGCUGCUGGCGGCCCUCCUCGCUCCGCCCCACGCGAGCUGGUCGCUGAGUUGUCCAGGCCGCGGUCUGCCAAGCCGGAGUGGGGGGGCGAGGCGCCGGCCGGCCCCGCCCCUCAGGCAGGUCCCACCCAUCAAGGCAGCCCCACUCCUCCUGCCUUGGCGUGGCCGGGCGCGGCGUGAGGUGGGCGCUGCCGCGCCAGCAGCCCUGUAGCGGUGACAACGAUGGACCCGGAGCCUCUGAGCCGUGCGGAGGGAGAAGCAGUAGGAGCCUCUGGAGCUGCGGCCGCCGCGACGUUCAGGGAAUCGACUCGGCAGAUGAAUAGUGAAAGAGGCUUUGAAAAUGUAGAACUCGGAGUCAUAGGAAAAAAGAAGAAAGUCCCGAGGAGAGUCAUCCACUUUGUGAGUGGUGAAACAAUGGAAGAAUACAGCACAGAUGAAGAUGAAGUUGAUAGCCUGGAGAAGAAAGACGUUUUGCCUACUGUUGACCCAACAAAACUUACCUGGGGCCCCUACUUAUGGUUUUACAUGCUUCGAGCUGCCACAUCAACCCUUUCAGUGUGUGACUUUCUUGGAGAGAAGAUUGCAUCUGUUUUGGGCAUCAGCACCCCUAAAUACCAAUAUGCCAUUGAUGAGUAUUACCGGAUGAAGAAGGAGGAAGAAGAAGAAGAAGAAGAAAACAGGAUGUCUGAAGAAGCAGAAAGACAGUACCAGCAGAGUAAACUGCAAGCUGAUUCCAUUGUCCAGACGGAUCAACCAGAAACAGGGGCAUCCAGUUCAUUUGUGAAUCUCAAUUUUGAAAUGGAGGCAGACUGUGAAGUAGUUAUGGAAAACAAACAAAAUCCAGUCUCUGUCCCACCGUAGAAUGAAAUGACUAUCAAACUUCAAACUCUAGGGUUUUUAUAAUAUCAGGAACUUUCACAUUCUUUAUUCAGUGGGACUUAAUACAAUUAUUUAUAUUUUAAAUUAUUAUCUGGAAAGGGAGAAAUGUUUCUUUAUUCUUAGGGUCUAUCUAGCAAAAGCCAGAUCUGAAAUUUGGGCAUUUAUAUUAUGCUUUUACUGUAUGUCAAGUUAGUGCUUUGGUUUUAAAAUAUUCUUUAAAAAAAUAAGGACAUUCUAGAGCCGUAAUUGCCAAUUAAGAGUUAAAUUAUCAAACGUGUCUGUUAUUUGUGUUUGUAAGAAAAAAAAUAGUUAAAUUACUGAUUAAGACUAAUUGGAGCUGAUCUUCCUGGUCUCAGAUUAAAAUGAGGACUUUCCCCCAUAGAUUUUCUCAUGUUGUCUUACAUUUAUACAUCUAACCAUUAAUUUCAUACUAAGGAUGGUUUACCGUGUGUAAUAAAAGGAGCAAGACAAAAGCACUUUGAUUUUUCUUUCCUUGAGAAUAUUUUAUGAAAAGAUAACACCAAUUUUAAGAUGGGUUUACUUUUUUAAAUGCAGGUUACUACUUAAUCUUUUUCUUUUUCAGUACUCAAAUAACUAGCUUUGAAAAUUAUGUUAAAAACACUAGUUACGGGAUGAAUUUAUUAACGUGUUUGUAUUCAAGUGGUAACACCUAGUGGUCAUCCACAUGGCAUCCUGGUUUUGUCACUCAGUGGACCCUGAAUGCUUCCUAUGGGAUAAGUCGUUGCAGUGAGGUGGGUGGAGUAAGGGACAGAUGAAGACUUAACCCUUCAGGGGCUCACUGUUGAAUAUUGUAUAAGGUGCCAUGGUAGCAUAGUGGUGACUGGUUAUUACCUUUUCAAAGUAACAACAGUAAAGUGGACAAUUUACUUAACCCAGGUAUGGUCAGUUCUCUAGAGUCCACUGUGCUAUUGGCAAAACUUAACAAAAGUGUAAUAUGAAACUGAUUUUGAAAAUAUUCCUAAGUAUGUGCUCAUAGUCUUACAGAUAUCUGUAUGACUGAUUUAUAACUAAAUGUGGGUAAGGAAGAAUGUGUGGAGUAUUUCAGAAACGCUGCUCUUAAAAGCUUUUUCACAAACUUAAAGCUUUCAGAGAUUAAUGGUUGUCCAAAACAGCAUUAAGCUUUCAGUCUUAAGUAUUUUUAUAUAAAACAUGGCUUCAGAGAAACUCUAACAUAGGGUACAGUAGGCCUGUUAAGGAAAUCUUUUAUCAGUGAACACGAACAUCUGGCCAUUAAGUUCUUCAACUAAAAUUUGAAGGAUUUAGGAAAGAUAAUUUUUCAUCUGGAAUCUUCAGUUAGAAGGAUUUGUGGUAUGGUACUUCAUGGUAUAUGAUGGUAAUUUUUUGGUCAUGGGUGUAAACUCUUUAAUUUAGUACUUAAAGGAUUAAUCUUCAGAUUAUGUAAUUAAUGUCACCAUAAAUUUUAGUUUACCAGUAGCGCUGAAACAUGUUAACCUGACCUCCUCCAAUUUGUUUUAAACUUCAUUUGAGAUAGGACCUCUAACUCAGAUAUUUAUUGGUUUAUCCAGUGAAGGCAUGCAUAUCUAAAGAUGAUCUGAAUCUUCUCUCUUGAAAGGCACUAGAUCUGAAAGUUUACCUAGAAACUCUUCUGAUUGUAGUAGAAGGAAGAUGAAUUAUGAAGGUUUUGUUUCUUAAAUUUCACUUUCUCUACUUGUCCAACAGUGGCCAGUUUGUAAUGUUUAUAUAGUUAUUCAGUGUGCCUUAAAUUUUUAUACUUUACUUAUGCAAACUAUAAAAUUUCCCAGAAAUGCA